AUGCCAAGCGCCGUUAGGCUCUCGACUCAGCAAGUGGCUGCAAUGAUAGCUAGUAGAACACCGAAGUGGACGCAGGUAGGGGCAGCUGAGAAGAUCAGCCGUAAUUUCCAGUUCCGUAACUUCAAUGAAGCCUUUGGUUUUAUGACUAGAGUAGCCCUCUAUGCUGAGAAGGCCGACCAUCACCCCAACUGGUAUAAUGUCUAUAACAAGGUGGAUGUAGAGCUAUCGACCCACGAUGCUGGAGGGGUCACUGAGAAGGAUUUUUCUCUUGCUGAGAAGAUGGACAAGAUUGCUGCCACGAUGGCGUCUUAG